AUGGCUGAUAUAAAACCUGAAGAUCUAUUUUUGAAUAGGGCCAAAUUCGUCAUGAAAUUGUUAGGCAUUUGGCUGCCAUCUUAUGAUGAAACAAACAUUCAUAAGUUGUAUCGAUUUUUCAUGAUGGCUCUACAGUACUUAUUUCUGUUUUUCCAGAUUAUUUAUAUAGUACAAGUUUGGGGUGACUUGGAGGCUUUUUCGCAGGCCUCGUACCUGUUAUUCACGCAAGCCUCUCUCUGUUUUAAAGUGACUGUAUUUCAAGUUAAUAGGAGCUCACUGAGGGAGCUGUUAAACCUCAUGAACGACAAGAUAUUCGUGCCACAGUCAUUUAAACAAAACAGAAUAUUAAGUCUACAAGCAAGAAGAAUCAAGAAGUUGCUUCUAGCGUUCAUGAUAAGCUCUCAGACUACAUGCGGUUUAUGGGCCUUAAAGCCUUUGUUCGAUGACCAUGGAAGCCGAAAGUUUCCUUUAGACAUGUGGAUGCCAGUGUCACCUCAAUCUUCACCACAAUAUGAAUUCGGUUAUGCUUUCCAACUCGUGACAAUAUGUAUGAGCGCGUAUAUGUACUUUGGAGUUGACAGUGUUGCUCUUUCCAUGGUCAUAUUUGCAUGUGGCCAGAUUGACAUUAUAAAGGAGAAAAUUUUAAAAAUAAGAUCAAUAAGAAAAAAGAUGAGUCGAAGAAUCGUUGCUUCUGAUAACAAUAAAAAGCUGAUAGAAUGUAUCAGACAACACCAAGCCGUGGUUCUGUUCAAGGAACUGUUGGAGAACACAUAUCAUACGUAUCUAUUAUUUCAACUCGUGGGUAGUGUUGGGUUGAUCUGUAUGUCGGCAUUUCGCAUCUUAGUGAUUGACUGGAGGAGCAUGCAAUUUUUUUCCAUCGUGACUUACUUGUUGGUCAUGAUAAGUCAGCUGUUCGUGUGUUGCUGGUGCGGUCACGAACUUACUGCUACAAGCGAGGACCUCCAUAAGGUGUUCUAUAGGAGCAUGUGGUAUGAACAGGACCCUAAAUUCCAACGAUGCUUGUACUUUGCCAUAAUGCGAUUAGGUCGACCUCUAGUUCUACGAGCCGGCCAUUACAUACCUCUGUCAAGACAGACCUUCGUCUCUGUAGAACCAAGAAGCGUGCAAUUUUAUUCAAUGUUGAAUUACAUGGUGACUAUGCUGUCUCAGCUAUUCCUGUACUGCUGGUGUGGAAGUCAACUCACCACCAAGAGUGAAGAAUUGCGAGAAUGGUUAUAUCAAUGUCCGUGGUACAACCAAGAUGGCAAGUUCAGGAAGUCAGUCAUCAUCGCCAUGGAACGGAUGAGGAGACCCAUCAUAUUCAAGGCUGGUCAUUACAUACCGCUCUCUAGACCCACGUUUGUUUCGGUGCUAAGAUUAUCGUACUCCUAUUUCGCUGUUCUGAAUCAAGCUAAGAACAAGUGA